UUUUAGAACUAAAGCUGCAAUUCCGAUCCUUCCAACAUUGUUUGGGACAGUCUACAUCAAGUUUAUUCAUACAUUUUCAAUACUAAAAACAUUUUGCAUAUCUGCCUGCUUUUAAACCUAUCUUUUGUUUGCUCCGCAGUGCUGACAGUCAACCAUGGGUGACUGGAGUUUUUUGGGCAACAUCCUCGAGGAAGUAAAUGAGCAUUCGACGGUAAUCGGUAGGGUGUGGCUCACGGUCCUCUUCAUCUUCCGAAUCCUCAUCUUAGGCACGGCUGCGGAGUUUGUGUGGGGCGACGAGCAAUCGGAUUACGUGUGCAACACGCAGCAGCCGGGUUGUGAGAACGUUUGCUACGACGAGGCCUUCCCCAUCUCGCACAUUCGCCUGUGGGUGCUCCAGAUCAUCUUUGUUUCCACGCCAUCUUUGGUGUACGUGGGCCAUGCUGUCCACCACGUACACAUGGAAGAGAAACGCAAGGAACGGGAGGAGGCUGAGCUUAACAGGCAGCAAGAGUUGAAUGAGGAGAGGCUGCCGAUUGCACCCGAUCAGGGAAGUGUCCGUACGGCCAAGGAGACCAGCACAAAGGGCAGCAAGAAGUUCCGUCUAGAGGGCACACUCUUGAGGACCUAUAUCUGCCAUAUUAUCUUCAAGACUCUCUUUGAGGUAGGCUUUGUGGUGGGCCAGUACUACUUGUACGGCUUCCGAAUCCUGCCGCUCUACAAGUGCAGCCGCUGGCCGUGCCCAAACACGGUUGACUGCUUUGUCUCGAGACCUACCGAGAAAACCGUGUUCAUCAUCUUCAUGUUAGCCGUGGCCUGCGUCUCGCUUUUCCUCAACUUUGUGGAAAUCAGCCAUUUGGGCCUGAAAAAGAUCCACUUUGUGUUCCGUAAACCAGUGCGGCCGCAAGUUGAGGGUCCAGGGGCGGCCGAGAAGGCCUUGCCUUCCAUAGCGUCCUCCUCCAUCCAGAAAGCCAAAGGCUAUAAGAUGCUGGAGGAGGACAAAGCCACGUCGCACUUCUUCCCUCUGACUGAGGUAGGGGGAAUGGGGACUGGGCGGCUGCCGGCUUCGUACGAGCCAUUUGAGAAGAAAACAGACAAGACAACCACACCUAAUAAAGACGUGUCUAAGGUGUAUGAUGAAACGCUGCCCUCCUACGCCCAGAUGACCGUGAUAGGACCAAGUGCAGCGGCAGGAGUUGUACGCAGGGAUGAAGACGAGGAUGAGUUGGCCAUCGAAGCAGAUGUGGAAGCCAGCGAGACGAUAGAAGACACGCGACCGCUCAGCAGCCUGAGCAAGGCCAGCAGUCGGGCAAGGUCAGAUGACUUGACGGUCUAAAUAACAUAGAACUGGAUUAGAAGUGCAGCAGUGUCAUUUGUAGUUUUGGGGAAAGUGUAGAAAGAAAAAACAAGAGAGAAAGAAAGAGGUGGCUUUCAACAACUGUUGCAACACUGAUAAUACCAGCUCUUUAUUUUGAGGAAGAAACCGAUUUUAAAAACAUAAUGCGGUGCAAUUUUCAUGUGGAAACUUGAGAGCUUGAUUUUUAUUUUAUUUUUAUUUUUUAUGCAGCAGUAUUUUUUGUACUGUUUUUAUCAAACAGUUAACAAACCAGAGUUAUAGAUCUACAGCAGCUAGAUCUAUGUACGGAGGAGGGAUUUAGAAAAAUAUGUGCUGUUUUUUUUCUAUCCAGAAUUUUACUCGAAGGUGGGAUUCUGAUGUUUACAUUUUCGGACUAGCCAUUAGCUGAAUGUUGUAUGUGAUAUUUUGUUAUUAUUCUGAUAAGAAAACUAUCAGGGCAUCAUCCUUUUCACCUCAAUAAGUUCAACCAUACAUGAUGAGAAACACUCAAUCAAGCUUCUUGAUUUGUAUGUGAAUGGUACUGUGAUGGAUAUGUGUAUGUGGGAGGUGAAACAAAUGCUGAUAGUUGCACAGUCGUUCAUCAUGGCAUAGUAGCAAAAUAUAAAGUAUUCAAAGAAAUGACCACCACUGAUUUACGUUAAACAUAAUAACUUGUUUAUGGUCUCACUGACUUACAUUAAGAGUCUCUUGAUUUUUAGGUUAGAGUGUUAUAAUUACAUUAGCCAAAGAACAGAUCGUAGGCCACAUUCUUUCUAGUCUCUGCGCAUACAGCCAUGAUGAUGAUGAUAAAGAUCACGCCCAAUCAGCACAAAGUAUUGUCCGGCAAGAGACAAUAAAACAACAUUACAUGACAUGUCACCACAGAGAGUCUGACAUCCUUGAUGUGGUUGGAAACAACAUUUUAAUACUUUGGCCCUUCGUGACAUUUCAUUAAAAAAGGCUAAUUAAAAUAUUUUAAAGGGCAGAAGGAUUUCACCUCUUUUACUGACUUAUUUUUACAUUUUUAACUAUGCAUUAAAAUUUAGUAUGAAAUAAUCAGUGAUGUACGAGUAUCAGUUUUCGAUUGUUUAUUUGAUUUUAUUAUUUAUUUUAAUUUAUUACUUCUGACCAACUAAACUGUCCCUUUGUUUCGAACACCUUUCACAUGUCCAAACACAUAAUUUACUGAAAUGUAUAAAAACGAUUCAUUUCAUGUCAAAUGAUGGUUUAUGAUAACUGGUAUGUCAAAUACCCUGCCAACAGUUUCAUAUAAGUUUGGACUGAAUGUAAAACUGCUGAAGUAAACACAAACUUUCCCAGAACCUAAAGAAUCGAAUGAAACUAGAAUUGAAAGGCUAAUUUUCUGUACUAUAUGUGAUAUGUGGAUAAUAUUAUUUAAUGGCAAAAAUCUGCUUGGGCAGACUGCAUGGGGUGAUGCAAUAUUAGACCCAGACAUAAAUGGCACAAAGACAUGAAGUAGGUCAAACAAACUAAAACAAAUGCAGAACUAAAACAAACCCACACAAGCAGAGGAACGGUCAUCAUUUUGCCCCACUAGUUACUGUACUAAUGUGAAGGAUGGCAUUGUCUGUUCACAAAGCUGAUGCUUAACAGCAGUUAAUAAAGUGUUUAUCUCCUCUGUUGUGUUUUUCUGAUAAACAGUUCUUCACGGUGUCUAUUCUGAGAACUGGUUGGUGGAAACAACAAUAAAACACUGAGGGUUGUUAAGAUAAGAGCAUGGGAUUACUUCAUAGAAAAGCUUGCUUUCAUGAUCUCUGAAAUGCAAAAUGAAACAGCAGCUAUGACACAUGUUACCACAGUUUGUAGCAGAGGAAUAAAUGAAUCGUUCUA